AUGGAUCGCGUGGUCGCGCGAUGCCUUCAGGUGGCCAGCCGCUGUGGUGCCCCACAGCCCUUUCUCGACUCCCUCUCCGGCAACGCCGGCGAGCUGGGUGCCGAAUGGGAGAGGCGUCGGGCCAGCGGCUACUGGGAGAUCCUGGAGGGGAGGCUGGAGAAAACGGAGGACGGAACCUUCGUCACUUGCAAGGACGUGCGGGCCGGCGAGCCGAUCCUCUUCGAGGCGGCCGUUGCAGCGGCCUCUGCAGGGCCUGACGCAUGCGCAGCCCUUGCCAGGCAAUGCCGUGCGUCGCCAACUGUGCUGGAGAAGGUGCUGCAGCUGCCCCGGGCUCGCUUCACGGGGGAGACUGGUGAAUUGGAAGCCGCCCUCGCCUGUAACGCUCGGGAGUGCAGCCGCGAGCCGGGGUUUGUGGCGUUGUUCCUUGCAUGCUCCGGCAUUCCGCACUCUUGCUGCCCCAAUGCUAUCAUCGACUCGACGCAGACGCACGCAGUUCUCCGGGCUUUGGAUGACAUGGCUGCCGGGACGCAGGUCUCGGUGUCCUACGUGUCUGUCAGCCUGAACCGCCAAGCCAGACAGUCGCAGCUGGGACAAGGUUUCUCUUGCAAGUGCGCGCGGUGCGUCUCCGAAGAGUCCACCGAUCCUCAGUUCGCCGUGGCGUGCAGCUCCUGCAAGGAACCCAGCUUCUCCAUCGUCCGAGAGGAGCAGAAGCAGCGCUGCGCCUGUGGGGCGAAGUUCCUCGUGGCCGAGGCCCUGCGGCACGUGCAAGAGGCCCGCAAGGCGAAUGCAUUCAUGGCCCAGGCAGAGAGCGCCCGUGGGGAUGCGGUAAAGAAGGCGAUGGCCUUGGAGAUGAGGCUCCGUACAGCGACGACGUCGGCCAAUCCGGCGCCCCCGCGGCAUCCGCAGAUUCUUCAGCUCGCCAACAACGUGGCGAAUUGCUACUUCUACGCGGCCCAGACACCAGGAAGCAACCAAGCAGCUUGCUGGGCUGGCUUCUGGACCUACAAGCAUCAGUUCAUGGAGGGCCUCGAGGCCAACCAUGGGGAGACCAAGCAGCGCGAUGUUCACUACAUCCUUAGCCUGCGCCGGAUGCUCUCGGCGCGGUUUUCCAACGCCGAGGACAGGGAGAAGUGCCAAAAGAAGUUCCAGCACUUGUGCUGGAUACAUUUCGGGGAGCCCGAUGUCCCUCAGAGCCUCCGCGACCUUCGACGAUGA